GUUGAUCAAAGUUCACUCACUACUCCUGUUAGUCACCUGGCUGUCCAGACGACAAUGUAUUGCUGUACUCUACCGUUCCUCGUGGGUAUCGCAGUGGCCUUUGCUGGCCUGUCCUAUGUCAUGUACAUACCCAUCAAGGAGGGCAUCGUCGACACCUUUCAAGCGAGGACUGUCGCCACUUCUGCAAGAGUAAUGGGUAUAGUGGGAGGAGUGACAGAAGGUCUUGGAAUUGCGAAGUAUGUAACCAUGAUAAGACUGUUUUCAACUCAUCUAGCCAUGUCCGACAACAAACCACCUCCCGAUACAGAUGAGCUGAAGGUGGAAGAUUACACCUUUGAUGACAUUCCCGUCAGACUGUAUCGGCCAACAAAUGCCACGGACCCAUCGCCUUCUGUGAUAUAUAUACAUGGUGGGGGCUGGACUAUCCUGAGCGUGGAUACUUACGACGAUGUUGUAUCAGAAUUUGCAGUUCGAUCUGGAUAUGUUUUUAUUUCCAUUGAGUACCCACUCGCUCCAGACAAUCCGUUCCCAGUACCGUUUGAAACCUGUGUGAAGGCUGCCCUUCACGUCUUCACACACGCAGAGACGUAUGGAGUAGACCCACAGAAGAUUGCUAUAGCAGGAGACAGUGCUGGUGGUAAUCUUGCCGCUGCAGUGGCUCUUAAACUCUCUGAGCUGAAGGACAUGCCCAGACUGAGCUUCCAGUGGCUCAUCUACCCAGCAACCCAAGCCUUCAGCUUCAAGACACCAUCCUACAUUUCCAAUGAGGAUGCAGUACCCUACUUUCUGCAACGCGAGUCGAUGGCCGGUUACUGGUGCUACUACAUGAAUAUCAACUGACCGACCAUGACAAAAGCCUUCAGAACCAAUAACCAUACUUCUAGGAAGUUAAAACAAUCCAUCUAUGCUUCGUACGUUGAUUCCAAGCUGGUGCCAACGAAAUACCGCGGUGAUAGCUCCGAACAAACUCAAAAUUUAGACUAUGGCGAUGAGGAGAUUUCCAAUCAAAUUGAGAAGUUUAUCUUGAAUCCUUAUUUUGCACCGUUGAUGGCUCCGGAUCUUAGUGGAGUAGCUCCAGCGUUUGUUGUUACAGCCGAGUUUGAUGUUCUGAGGGAUGAUGGUCUCAUGUAUGCUCAGAGGAUGAAGGACACCGGUGUGGACGUGGUUGUCUACAACUCCCCAGGGUCUAUACAUGGCUUUCUGUUAUGGGGCGGUGCCAUGCCUAAGUAUGCAGACGCUGAUCACACAAUAGACAUGUUUGUAAAGUAUGCAAAGAAACAGUUUAAAUGAUCUGUUACUGUUCCUGUUCUCUCAUGUUUGAUUCAUAAUGUUAUAACUGUGUAAGCUGAUUCUUCAUCUGUAUUUUUGUAAUAAACUUUGUAAACUGGU